AUGGAGCUUAUUGUAAGGAACAAUCCUUCUGAAGUUAUUAUAAACAUUUUAGACUCGUCGAGAGCGAAACAAGUAAAAGAAAACCGGACAAAUAUUAAACCAAUUAUUGAAGCUAUAGCGGUGUGCGGAAAACAAGACCUACCUCUUAGGGGUCAUAGAGAUUCUGGUCACUUGGUUGUAGAAAACUCUGAAAAUACUAACGAAGGAAAUUUUCGUGAAUUAUUACGAUAUAGAGCACUUGGUGAUACGAAUCUUAAAAAUGUUUUAGAAGGUCCAGGACUACGUAAUAAGUAUAUUAGUUCCAUAAGUCAAAAUGCCAUAAUUGAUUCUUUUAAUAAUGUAUUACUUAGAAAAAUUGUAUCUCGAGUAAAUAAAGCUAAAUGCUUUACUAUUUUAGCAGAUGAAACUGCAGAUAUAUCGGGUAUCGAACAAGUUUCAUUAUGUGCUAGAUAUGUUGAUUUAGAAAAAAUGAUUAUUCGUGAAGAUUUUUUACAAUUUGUCCCAACUUCCGAUUUAACUGGAAAAGGAUUAGCAAAAUUAAUUUUAGACAAUUUAAAUCUUUUUGGUAUUGAAACAGCAUUUAUGCGUGGCCAAGGCUACGACGGCGCAGCGACAAUGUCAGGGAAGUUUAAUGAUGUUAAAGCAUACGUUAAUCAAUCACAUCUAUUGGCAAUGUUUGUUCACUGUGCUGCACAUUCGUUUAAUUUAGUGGUAUCAAAGUCAUGUUCAAUACAAUCUAUAAGAAAUUGCCUCGGAACCGUCGAAAAAGCUCAUAAUUUUUUUGUAUAUCCAAAACGGAAAAACAUAUUAUCACAAUGUAUUGAUUCAUCUGAACAAGAAAUUCAUGCAAAAUCGUUAAAACGUAGCUGUGCAACGCGUUGGAUUGAAGGAUUUCAUUCUAUUCACGAUUUUAUAGAACUAAUAGAUUGUGUUAUCGAAUCAUUAGAGUUAAACACACCAGAAGAUUAUUUCAGAAUUUCGAUUUUUAUACCGUUUUUGGACAUAUUUAUAUCUGAAAUAAAGUGUAGAUUUAUUGAUCAUAAAACCACGCUAUCAGGUUUUUGUAGUUUAUUCUCAGAAAUUACUACUUCCAGCAUUAAAGACUUUUAUGAAUUAAUUCAUCUUUAUGAUAAAGAUUUAAUUGAUCAUAACAAAGACGUUCUAAUUUCGGAGUUAAAACUUUGGAUUCGAAAAAUUAAUUCACUUCCUACAAUACCUAAAAACGCAAUGGAAUCUCUUUCGAUAUGCAAUGAUAUGUACCCAAAUAUUUUCAAGCUUCUACAAAUUCUGGCCACAUUGCCUGUUUCUACUGCCACAGCCGAAAGAUCUUUCUCGACAUUAAAACGAAUAAAAACAUACUUACGAAACUCAAUGUCUGAGAAAAGACUUAAUGGCCUUGCCAUGUUAUCAAUUCACCGAGAUUUAAAUUGUCAGACCGAUGAAAUUAUUGAUGAAUUGGCAAAGAAAAAAAGAAAACUAGAUUUUAUAAUAUAA